AUGGACUCCUCUUCUGUUGGUACUAUGCAUACUGGUAGCCGAGCUCUAUCUGUGUCCCUGAUUUUGUUGGGGCUGACGGCAUGUUCCGGAUUCUCCUUGGUGCCAAGAAGUUGUCCUCCAUGUCAUUUUCCUGGAACCUCCUCCUCCCUUUGGUCGUCUGAUAAUAAUAAUUAUGGAGAAGAUAUGGAUCAACAAGCCAUGAUGGAAUCAGAUAUGCUGGUGACGGUGGACGAAAACGAUCUUUUGGUGUCUACCGAAAUUUCAGCCUCCAAGAAAUUGGCACAUACGUUUACGACGGAUCAACCACGAGGGAUUUUGCAUCGCGCCUUUUCCUUCUUUCUCUUUGAUCAGGACAACAAAAUGCUGCUCACGCAACGAGCACUGUCCAAAAUUACCUUUCCCGGUGUGUGGACCAAUACCUGUUGUUCCCACCCGCUCUAUGGCAUGACGCCCAAUGAAGUCGAUGUGACACCCGAUGCUUAUCCCGACUUUCCCGGUAUCAAACACGCCGCCAUUCGAAAGUUAAAGCACGAAUUGGGAAUUGAAGCACAAUACGUACCACACGACAAAAUCACGUUCCUUUCCAGAUUCCAUUACUGGGCAUCCGAUACUGUUACCUAUGGAACCGAAAAUCCACCAUGGGGAGAACAUGAGGUCGACUACAUUUAUUUUUCCAACUCCCCCAGGGGUCGAUAA